AUGACCCUGCAGCUUGCAGAUCGCUCAGUGAGAAGACCUCGAGGAGUGGUUAAGGAUGUUCUAGUUCGAGUUGAGAAACUUAUCAUUCCAAUGGACUUUGUGAUUUUAGAUGUGGACGAUGAUGUUGACGUCCCUUUGAUUCUCGGUCGCCCAUUCCUUAACACUUCUGGUGCUUUGAUUGAUGUCAAGGGAGGCAAGAUGACCUUCAGAGUUGGAGAUGAACAAGAGGUUUUGGCUCUAAAUCCCUUGGACGAGUACUUGGAGGAGUUUGAGAUCAAUGAGGUUGAGGCCAAGGUCCCCUCUCCUCCACCAACUCACAAAGUAGCCCAAAUGGAGGCUAGCCCACCACCUCAUGGACAGAAAAAGAAAACUGUGAAGAAAGUGUGGAGAAAAGCAAAUGAAAGAUUGAAAAGAAGUGUGUUUGUCUCCACAAUGCCACCCAAGGAGGUAGACCGCUUAUACUUCGAGAGCCAAGGUUUGGAGGAGGCUAAGUUGAUGAAAAUCUGGAAAUCACCCAUUUUAUGA